CUGUUACUGUUCUCUAAGAGAGGUUAGUGAUCUCUAGGAGGGGGUAGUGUUCUCUAAGAGAGAUUACUGUUACUGUUCUCUAAGAGAGGUUAGUGUUCUCUAAGAGAGGUUAGUGUUCUCUAGGAGAGGAUAGUUAUCUCUGGAAGAGAGGUUAUAGUUCUCUAAAAGAAGAGAGGUUAGGGUUAGGACACAUCUUCUCCCGGUGCAAUGUCUGUUUAAAAUUCUAGAUAGAUGGUUCUAGUCAUAUACUAGUAGAGAAGGUUCUAUUGGUCAUUCAAUAGUAGGUAGUGGAUAGUUCUAUUCAUUCAAUAGUAUACUUAGUGAGACAGUGUUAUGGUUCCCUGUGUUUCGCUCCGGGGGCCUGAAUCCAAAACAUGGUGUUUAUUGAGCGCUAUACAAAAUGAAGCAGUAAACUAUUAACAGAUGUACAUUAAAAAGACAGCAGUUCAAGAAGGUAGUGAAACAGGAAGAACCGCGCAGACAGCUUCAUUCAUCCUCCUCCUCCGGCAGGGGUCGGGACCUGGGGCGGUAGAAACAAGUUAGACAGCAUGCCCAGCCAAUAGCAGCGCCCCCUGCUACAUGAAGAACCCUUUACCAGUCCAGGUCCUUCCUACCCUGUACAGCACCCUAGUGAUACAGCACCCCUUUAGACAGUUUAAUGAGUUGAACCCUGUUUAGACCGGCCUGAGAGUUAAACCCUGUUUAGACCGGCCUGAGUCUCCCCUCUGUGGCGAUGGACAGAAACUGAUCUUAAUAAGUGUGCUGGCAUGUGAUUGGAUCCCUUGUGUUCCCAGCGGCAGCGGUUGGCGGAGAUUACUGUUGCUGUUCUCUAAGAGAGCCCGUCAGAGGUCCUUGUGGUUUCAGACUGAGGAUCUCAGAGACGAUGUUGAGCGGACCUGCAGGCUUCAGAUGGACAGUCAUCAUAUUAACGUGCCAACAUAAAGACAGUGUUUAUGCCUUUCAAAAAGAGCUUGACCUGCGUCAGACCCGGGGCUCGGUGGGCCCGGGGACCCUGCUCCUGACGGCCUCGGACCCGGAGGAGAGGCUGGGCAGCGGGGGGGCCACGCUUAACGCCCUCCUGGUGGCAGCCGAGCACUUGAGCGCCCGAGCAGGCCACACGGUGGUGACGGCCGAUGUCCUGGAACACUCCCACAUCCUGGUCCUUCACACGGGCCGGGACUACCCGUGGGGCGGCUGCAGCAGGGCCUUCAGCUGGCUGGCGGAGGAGGCGGCGUCCCCCAGGCUGACGGCCCCGGUGUGCUGUGUGGACCAGCUGCUGGACCGUCUGGACACCCAGAUCUGCCCGGGAUCGCCCCCUGGGGUCUGGGUCUGCAGCACCGACAUGCUGCUCAGCCUACCGCUCGACUACGCCCCAUCCUGGGAGGGUUUCUCCGGGGUCAGGGUGCUGGCUCUGCCCGGCGACCCCUCCUUCGCUGCCCAUCACGGAGUAUACCUCGCCGACCAGCAGGGGACGGUGAAGGACAUCAUCUACAGAGGCAGCAGCGAGGAGAUCCAGCGAGCGUCACUGCCUGACGGGAACGUACCCAUGGUAUCAGGCGUUGUGUUCUUCAGCAGCAGCGUAUCAGAGCGCUUGCUGCAGACCCAUGUGACCCCUCCUCUGGACGGCUGCACCUACCUGGGCCUGGACUCUGGAGCCCCGCCCCUCCAGAUCUCUCUGUUCCUGGACGUGGUGAAGGCACUGUGUGCCGACCUGACUCUGGAGCAGUUUGUCAACAGAGAGCCAGAAGACGGCCGCACUCUGGAACCCCCCCAGCGGGCAGCGCUGAGGCGGGGGCGAGAGACACUGUGGCACACGCUGAGAGGAGCCUCGCUCACAAUGGCGUACGUCCCAGGUGGUCGCUAUGACUACCUGAGUCUCUCUGCCAAGGACCAUGUGACCCGUCUGACCCGCGACACCAUGGGGAACCGGUUCAUACUGGCCCACGUUCAGAGCCGUCCCUCAGUGAGUCCCGGAGCCAGGGUCAUCAACUCCGUCCUCCAGGGAGACGUCACCGUGGCAACCGCCUCUGUGGUACAACAUUGUCACCUGCAGGGUCCGCUGAGCCUCCCCUCGGGGGGGCUGCUCUCCGGCCUGGACCUCCAGGCCUCCUCCCACCUCCGGAGGCUGACCCUGGCUGAUGACCUCAUCAUCCAGGGACACAGGAUCCGGCUGGGCGGGCUGCAGCUGACGGUGUUCAGCGCUCUGGGCGCCCGCGACCACCUGGAGGGAUCCUCUGAGACCAUCCUGAACCAGGACUGGAGCCACUUCUACGCACGCACCGGCAUCCAGCCAGAGGACCUGUGGGCUCCAGGUAAGCCCCACCCCCUGCUGGAGGCCCGCCUUUUCCCCGCCCUCCAGGCCAGGGGGGGGGCAGUGGGCCUGGACCAGGGGGGCGUGGCCUGGCUGCUGGGCGGGGCAGGGUCACUGGAGCGGUGGAGAGGGGCAUGGCGGCUGUCACUCAGAGAGCUGCUGUCGCUCACCGACCAGGAGGCGGAGCUCCGAUGGAGGGAGGAGCUGUUGUUCCUGGUGGGCCGGAGGAGAGUGAUUGACACGCUGACCAGCCAAUCAGACGACUGCCUGCUGCCCUGCUUCAGAGCAGCAGUCCUAGGCGGCCAACAGGGGGAGCUGCUGAAGACCCUGGACUCCAUUGCUGCAGGCACCCUGGAGGGGGCGGGGCCAGAGGCGGGGGCGGAGGCGUGUCUGGGCGUGGCCGCUCGCGCCAUGGCCUGUGUGGCGGACGUCCUGGUGUGCAUGGCGGGGGAGGGGAGGGGCGGGCUGCGGAGCGGCCCAGCGGCCAAUCAGGCGUGGAGCCCCGCCCUCAGCCUCCUGGAGGAGGGGCAGGUGCAGGAGGGCGUGGCCAGCCUGGCCAGGGAGAGAGAGCUCUGGCUGCACAGACCCGACCUGCUGGUGCGUGCGGCGCGGCACUACGAGGGGGCGGGGCAGGUUUUGCUGCGGCGCGCCCUGAUGUCCUCCCAUUGGUUGGUCUCCACAGGCCCCUCCCCCGUCCCGCCUCUGGACCACUGGCAGGAGGUGGACUGCCCCGCCCGGCUCGACCUGGCAGGGGGCUGGAGCGACACGCCCCCCAUUGCCUUCGAGCACGGCGGCUCGGUCACCAACAUGGCGGUCAGGGUGGACGGGCAGCGGCCAAUCGGAGCCCGCGCCCGCCGCAUCAGGGAGCCCCUCCUCCUGUUGGUCAGCCAUGCCGGGGGGCGGGACAGCGAAGUCGCCACGGAAACCGUGUGUGAAAGUCUGGAGGGUCUGAAGGACCACUGUCAGCCUCACGCCCCCGGCGCUCUCCUCAAGGCAGUGUGUGUGUGCAGCGGCCUGGUGUCGCUGAGCUCCCAGCAGCCUCUGGGGCAGCAGCUGAUGGAGCGCUGGGGGGGAGGGGUGGAGCUGCACAGCUGGUCCCUGCUGCCCCACGGCUCCGGGCUGGGUACGAGCAGCAUCCUGGCAGGGGCGCUGUUGGCUGCCGUCUACCUGAUAACCGGCCGCUCCUACAGCCCUGAGGGCCUGGUCCACGCCGUGCUGCACCUGGAGCAGCUCCUGACCACAGGUGGAGGCUGGCAGGACCAGGUGGGGGGGCUGGUGGGUGGGGUGAAGGUGGGGCGCUCCCGGGCGGCGCUGCCCCUCCGGGUGGAGGUGGAGCGUCUCACUCCAUCACAGGACUUCCUGGAAGAAGUCCAACGGCAUCUCCUAUUGGUCUACACCGGCAAGACCCGCCUUGCACGCAACCUCCUGCAGGAUGUGGUGAGGAGCUGGUACGCCCGCCUGCCCUCCAUCGUGCAGAACGCCCACGACCUGGUGGCCAACUCUGAGGCCUGUGUGAGGGCCUUCACAGAGGGCUCCCUGCAGGGCCUGGGGGCGUGUCUGCGGCGGGCGCGGCAGCAGAAGAGGCAGAUGGUGCCGGGCUGUGAGCCCAGCUCCGUCAGGCUGCUGAUGGAGGCGCUGGAGCCGCUGGCGCUGGGCCAUAGCCUGGCGGGGGCGGGCGGAGGAGGCUUCCUCUACCUGCUCACCAGGGAGCCCCUGCAACGGCUCGCUGUGUUGGAGCUGCUUCAGCGCACCCCGGGUCUCGGAGACUUCAGUGUGCACAGCGUGGAGCUGGACCCGGAGGGGUUGAGCGUCCUGCCACCCGGCUGAGACACACCCCUUUUCUGUAAUGGUUAAACAUUAAAGU